AUGCUGUACAAAAUGGGGGAGAGAUCCAAAGCCAGCAUCUCAACUCAAAAGCUGCCCCCAGGGCCAUGGAAACUACCUCUAAUUGGAAACAUGCAUCAGCUUGUUGGCUCUCUUCCUCACCAAUCCCUAAGUCGCUUGGCCAAGCAAUACGGGCCUCUCAUGAGCCUACAACUUGGUGAAGUUUCCACGCUCAUUAUUUCAUCACCAGACAUGGCCAAACAAGUUAUGAAAACCCAUGACAUCAAUUUUGCCCAAAGGCCUCCUCUUUUAGCUUCCAAGAUUUUAUCUUAUGAUUCUAUGGACAUUGUUUUUUCUCCGUAUGGCGACUAUUGGAGACAAUUGCGCAAAAUUUGUGUAGUUGAACUUCUAACUGCCAAGCGUGUCAAAUCCUUCCAAUUGGUUAGGGAAGAGGAGCUUUCAAAUCUCAUUACAGCGAUCGUUUCUUGUUCAAGGCCCAUUAAUCUUACUGAAAAUAUUUUCUCUAGCACUUUUUCUAUUAUAGCAAGAGCAGCUAUUGGUGAAAAAUUCGAAGGCCAAGAUGCAUUCUUAUCAGUUAUGAAGGAAAUCGUGGAGCUGUUUUCUGGUUUCUGUGUUGCUGAUAUGUAUCCUUCUGUCAAAUGGCUUGACCUGAUCAGUGGAAUGAGAUAUAAACUUGACAAGGUAUUUCAGAGGACUGAUAGGAUGCUCCAAAACAUUGUUGAUCAGCAUAGAGAGAAAUUGAAAACACAAGCAGGCAAGCUACAAGGGGAGGGAGAUCUAGUUGAUGUUCUUUUAGAGCUUCAACAACAUGGUGAUCUUGAAUUUCCCUUAACUGACAACAACAUCAAAGCAGUCAUACUGGACAUUUUCAGUGGUGGAGGCGAGACAACAUCCACUUCUUUAGACUGGGCAAUGUCAGAAAUGCUGGAAAACCCAAGAGUGAUGGAGAAGGCACAGGCUGAGGUGAGGCGGGUGUUUGAUGGAAAAGGGAAUGUGGAUGAAACUGGCCUUGACGAAUUAAAAUUCUUAAAAGCAGUAGUGAAAGAAACCUUGAGGCUACACCCUCCUCUUCCUCUACUAGUUCCAAGGGAAUGUAGGGAGAUGUGUGAAAUUAAUGGAUAUGAGAUACCCAAGAAGACUUCAAUCAUUGUUAAUGCAUGGGCCAUUGGCCGAGAUUCUGAUUAUUGGGUUGAAGCUGAGAGAUUUUACCCAGAGAGAUUCCUUGAUAGUUCAAUUGAUUACAAGGGUACUGAUUUUGGAUAUAUACCAUUUGGUGCUGGAAGAAGGAUGUGUCCUGGCAUAUUAUUUUCUAUGCCUAGCAUUGAACUGUCACUGGCCCAUUUGACCAUUUUGACUGGAAACUCCCAAAUGAAAUGAAGGCAGAGGAUCUAGACA